GCCACCGUCUCCGCAGGCUGCGCAUUUGCGAGCGCGGGCGGGCCGCGCAAACCCCAACACCUUCUACGUAAUGGGUCGGUUAUUAUGGACGGCGGCUUGCUUGGCGCUGCUGGUGGCUCCAGCGGCGUGCAAGGAGCUGGCUGAGCCGGGAAUAGAACCCCAGGCCCAGGAGCCGGACAUCAACUAUGAUGACUACUCGCCAAUCGACAUAGACGACGAGAACGCCGUCCUUAGCGAAAGGGAUUACAGACCGUCAACCAAUCUUCCACCUGUGCGGACACCACCCACUAGAAUUCCGCAACCAUCGGCUCAACGCUGCGUGGACAUCGGCCGCGCCUGGACCGAAGGCGAACAAUGGAAACGAGACAACUGCACUCUGUGCCAGUGCUUCAGUGGUCGAGUCAAUUGCACUGUGUUACCCGCUUGCCUCACAGUGCGACCAUCCCGUCCCUCUGUCCCAGUGGUUCCGGUGCGCGGAGUGACCGGCCUGCCUGGCGAGGAUGGCCCGUCAGGCCUCCCUGGCAUACCCGGAGCUAACGGCGUCCCCGGCGCACCAGGUUUGCCUGGGCCCACUGGACCUAUGCCUGAUGUACACGCAUACUUAUCUCAACUCGCAGCGGCUGCAGGUGGUGACAAGGGACCGGCUUUUGAUCCUUACGCUUACAUGCAGGCGCCUGUAGGUGCUCCAGGCAUACGGGGCAUACCGGGCCCUCAAGGACCCCCAGGACCGCAAGGAUUUCAAGGCCCGCGGGGAGAGCCAGGGGAGCCUGGCUUACCAGGCUUACAGGGAUCACCUGGUGAAAGAGGACCUCAAGGACCGCCCGGAAAAGACGGAUCUCCAGGAGAAGACGGCGAGCCAGGCCCAGCAGGAACUGCCGGUCAGCCAGGAUCCCGUGGUAGUCCAGGAGUACCUGGGAUUCAGGGUUUGAAGGGGCAUCGUGGUUUCGAUGGCAAGGACGGAGCAAAGGGUGAUCAGGGUCCAGCCGGAGAGAAGGGACCCACGGGCUUACCGGGACAAAUGGGCCCGACUGGACCUAUUGGUCCGGUUGGUCCUAGAGGUGAACGAGGGCGAGAGGGUCCCCCUGGCCCACCAGGUAUGCGAGGUGCUGAUGGUGCUACAGGUGCUCCAGGGUUGAUAGGCAACGUGGGAAAACCUGGGGCACCUGGUUUCCCAGGAUCUCCGGGCAUAAAAGGCGAACAAGGAAUAGCAGGACCUAAAGGGAGUCAAGGUCUGCAAGGGCCACGUGGAGAAUCUGGAAGACCCGGGCAACCAGGAGAUGCUGGUCCUCCUGGGUUAGCUGGAAGGGAUGGAAUACCAGGGGAGAAGGGCGUACAAGGACAACCUGGAGCCACUGGGCCACAGGGCUUCCCUGGACCUAGAGGAACCCCUGGCCUUGCUGGAGAUCCAGGAGUACAUGGUGCCAAAGGAAUACCGGGUCAACCGGGCGAAAGAGGACUCAAAGGUGAUUCAGGGCCACGUGGAGAACCAGGUGCAUCAGGUCCUCGAGGUCUACCUGGAACUGUGGGUCCUGAAGGUAAAAGAGGGAAACGUGGUCUAAGAGGUCCUGCUGGCAAUGUCGGACCUCCAGGCGAGAGAGGCUUAAGUGGUUUGAGAGGAUUACCUGGUUCAGACGGUCCAAUGGGCCUAAAAGGCCAACCAGGAGAACGUGGAGGUGUUGGAUUACCCGGUACUAAAGGAAGCACAGGCGAUCCAGGCCGCCCUGGACCCCAAGGAUUGCAAGGUCCAAGGGGUUCAAUUGGCAGGCCUGGCGUUUCUGGCAAAACGGGUCCUCAAGGAGAACGAGGGAUUUCUGGAGCUGAUGGUAGACCUGGCGAACAAGGGCCCCAAGGCUUACAAGGUCCUCCUGGACUUAUGGGAAGCCCUGGCGAACGAGGAUUACAAGGUGAGCCAGGUAAAGAUGGAGAAGUAGGACAACCUGGUCCACAGGGCCCUAAAGGCGAUGCAGGACGUGACGGUGGCCCGGGUAUUCAAGGACCACAGGGCCCAGCUGGGCCAAAUGGGGAACGAGGUCCCACGGGUCCCGCUGGACCAACAGGAUUUCCGGGUAUGCCUGGAUCAGCCGGAUUACCUGGCACCCCAGGAAAAGAUGGUGAGGCUGGAGUAGCUGGUCCAAUCGGUCCGCCCGGACCUUCGGGGCCUCGUGGCGAGAGAGGAUUCCCAGGGGAGAGAGGUCUUCCUGGCCAAGCGGGUACUCCAGGAGAGAAAGGCGAGACUGGGGCACAAGGUGCUGAUGGUCCUCCGGGACCCGAAGGGCCUCGUGGCAGUAAAGGCCACCCUGGUCCAUUGGGCGCAAUGGGUAUGCCAGGGCAAAGAGGGCUUACUGGCCCUGCUGGUGAAAAAGGAGAACGAGGCGCAGUGGGACCAAUGGGCAACGAUGGCCCUCCUGGUCGGCAAGGCGAACAAGGUCCACAAGGCCCUAUCGGUCCCUCCGGUCCUCCGGGCGAACCCGCGGAAAGGGGCGAACCGGGUGUUUCUGGUGUACCAGGCGAGGCCGGUGCACCCGGGUCACCCGGGGACCGGGGUCAGCCAGGAAUGCAGGGUGCCCCGGGGCUGCCGGGACCACCGGGCCUGACGGGCAUGCCGGGUCUUAAGGGCGACCGGGGGUACGCGGGUGCAAAAGGACAGCAAGGAUCGCCUGGUAGUCCAGGUGUGGCCGGAGAGCCAGGACUACGUGGCCUGCCAGGUCAAAUUGGAGCUACUGGCCCUAGGGGUGAACAGGGCCAUAAAGGCGAAGCGGGUCAUGCGGGACUACCAGGCCGACCGGGUGAUCUGGGACCCCCCGGUCCACAAGGCAGCACUGGCCCGGCGGGGGUACCAGGUACACCUGGAUCUAAAGGAUCGACAGGAGACACUGGUCGACCUGGCCCAUCUGGCCCACAAGGCCUCACUGGCCCGGCGGGUCCCGAAGGGGCAAAGGGCGAGAGAGGUAGCGAGGGUGAAACUGGUCCUCAAGGAUUAAGUGGACCGCCUGGACCAGCUGGAGAAAGAGGACCGUCGGGUCUUCCGGGCAUGAUGGGACCUUCUGGACCGCAAGGCCUUCGUGGCGUACCGGGUGAGAGUGGCACUCCAGGGAAAGCAGGUGCCGACGGGGCCCCAGGCCCAUCUGGACCACCGGGCUUACAAGGACCUCCUGGGCAGAUGGGAGAGCCUGGUCCCGAGGGAAGACCUGGAAAGCAAGGCCAACCCGGCAUACCUGGACGACCUGGAGACAAAGGACCAAUGGGCCAACCUGGACAACCAGGUUCUCAAGGUCUACCUGGUCUUCAGGGACCACCAGGAGCUGCUGGGCCUGCUGGACCAUCUGGGGACAGAGGUCCACGGGGCGAAACUGGCCAACCCGGUGCGGACGGACCACAAGGUCCCGCCGGUAAACAAGGCCCGGCCGGCAUUAACGGCGCCAAAGGAGAACAUGGUGAACGCGGAGCUAACGGUGCCAAAGGUCAUGCGGGUCUGCCAGGUCUGCCUGGCAUGAUGGGUGCACCUGGCAGGCAAGGGGAGAGAGGUCUACCGGGGCCUUCUGGCCCACCCGGCAAGGACGGAGAACCGGGGUCCAGAGGAUCACCAGGGCGUGACGGUAGCCCGGGCUUGCAAGGCCCACCUGGUCCCAUUGGUCCACGCGGCCCGUCAGGCGAGGCGGGACGGCACGGAUCACCCGGGCCCGCGGGUCAGCCCGGCCCACCCGGACCUCCGGGCGAAGGACUGGCCUACGAUGCUGCCGCUAUUGCUGCUAUGUUGCAACAAGGUUCAGUGAAAGGGCCGGACCCGCUCGGCGACGAUCCCAACUCCCAAAUGCCAGCGAGGUUCUUCCGUGACGACAUGUCGGCCUCCGAACGCAAAGAGGUAGUCAUGAAGGCUUAUGAACGGCUGAAGGUGUCGCUGGACAAGUUUCUCAGGCCGGACGGAUCAAAGGACGCCCCGGCCAAAACCUGCGCGGACAUCAAAGAUCACCAUCCCAAUUUGGAAAGUGGUCAAUACUGGAUUGAUCCCAAUGGCGGGGAUAUGAAUGACGCGAUUCUCGUACACUGUGAUAUGGAGUCUGGGAGCAGCUGCAUUUAUCCUAAGCCGAUGUCAUCUAAAGACAUUGUCUAUAAAGGGAAGGAGAAAGAGGUCUGGCUGAGCGAAAUGGAAGACGGAUUUACGCUCACAUACAAAGCGGAUCACUCACAACUGACGUACUUGCAACUGAUGUCUACGCGAGCAAUACAGAACGUGACAUUGCACUGCCGCAAUACUGUGGGCUACUUCGACCCAGCGACUAAAAACUACAGGCGAGGCCUCAAACUGUUGGCCUACAAUGACGCCGAGAUCCUGCCGAAAGCUAACAAUCGCCUGCGGUACAACGCUCUGCUGGACGAAUGCCAGUACAAGAAGAAUACCUGGGCCCGCACCGUGGUGGAGUUUGCGACGGACAAGUCGGGACGGCUGCCGCUAAUGGACGUGGCCAUCAGGGACCUCGGAAGACCAAACCAGCAGUUCCGCCUGGAGAUAGGUCUCGCUUGUUUCAAGUAGACGUCAGAGGCAUCAGAACCGAUUAUUCUUAAAAAUAAAAUCUCACUUCCGAGUCCGAUAUGUCCGAUUUAGAUACUGGUGUCGAUUCUGGCGUGAUUCUCUAAACUUAAAACUAAAUUUGACAUCAAUCUCUCCUUUUCAUUCCGUAUAGAGAAUGAAAAAAAGGAUACGCUGUUGUCAAAUUUAAGUUUAGGUUUAGAGAAUCGUGUCACAAUUGACACGAUUCGAUACUUAAAUAUCUUUGUAUUUUAUUUGCACCGCAGAACGCUUUCGGUUAUUGAUGUAAGUCCUCGGUUAAAAAUGCAAUAAAUAAAUAUAUAAAUCUACGCAGAUUGUUGAAGCAGCCGGUUAUAUUUAACUGUCAGCAAAUUCGAAAUAACAGUAUCCAAAGUGAGAUUGCAUUAUACAGAAUUGACGUGCAGAAACUCAAUUGUGUAACUUUUACUCAUUCUGAGAACCCAUUUAUUUCAUAUUUUGGGAAAGUGUACUUUGAAGGGGAUUUUGGAAAGAGUUAUUAAGUUAGACAACGAGCCGCCAGAAGAAAUAAACAAGUGAUUUAAGCAAACAUCCUCUGAGAAUCUUUUCAGCGUACCUAGGAACCUGAUUUAAUAUAUUGUGGAAAAGGAAUUGCUUUGAAAUAGAAUACAGAGCUUUAUGAGUCGAACUUCAAAUUAUAUUAUUAUGAUGAUACGAAGUUAGAAGCCUCAAUAAAGUCUCAUUUAUUUGAAUUACGGCGUAACUAGAAUAUUGUUAUUUCAACAACUGUUUUCAGAAUAGAAAUUGGGAGAGGUUUCCUAGUAUUGUAUUAACUUUUCGAAGCGUGUGCCGGUUACAGAAACGUGUUAUCAAUUUCAAUGCGUUUUGUUGACAGAAAAAAAUUAAAUAAUAAUUUUUGAAUGUAUUUCACAUAUUUAUGUGUGAUAUGAACACGCUACAGUACCUUGUUUUGUUAAGAGUCUACUGAACUACCAUUAUCUUUAAAUGAUUUUUUUUAUUUCCAUUUUUCCAUUUCCAUUCAAGCUACAUCAAUCAACUAUAUCUACCUAUCUGAGUUGGUUUAUUUUUUAUUAUUAAAGCAAUACUUGAAGCAUUUUAUUGAAUUUUUAAGUAUACUCGUAGUUAUAACCAUUUCAAUAUAUAUGUUCAUUGGACUCUGGAAUGAAUGGGGAUGGGGGUAGGGAGUUUUCGCUUAAAAAAACAAUACUUAUUAAGUACCUACUUUCAGUUCAAUAAAUAGCUUGAAAAUAUUGAAAGGUGGAAUUUAAAAUUUGUAUCAUCCAAUUUACUAAUAUAUAAAUAAAUAACCUCGUGUCAUUGUUUGUCCUGAAGAAACUCAGAACUUACUUUAAACAAUCUUGGACAAAUUUAUAAGAUAAGCAGUUUCUAUCUUGAUAACUGACCUCAUUCUUCCCUUGAUGCAUUAAAAAGGGGGAUGAAAGAUAUAGCCACUAGAGCAAAACUGCGGAUGAUAAACCUAAAUGGAAUAAAUACUUUGAGUCUACAUAUAAAAUAUUCCGAAUACGAGUAUAAGAUAUUUUAUAAAAAUGAAUAUUUUCAAUUUAAAGUUACAGUACACUUUAAUCUAAGAGUAGUAAUGCCACUAAAAUCACUGCCAUGUUAAUUUUAAGAAACGAGUAUUUUUAGAAGUUACCAAAGUAGAUUCUAGUUAACAAAAUGUAGAUAUUAUUGAAAGAAGUAUUAUCGACAUUCGAAAUGAAUGUUUUUUAAAGAUUAAAUACUUAAACUAACUAAAUUAGGUACUUUUUGCAUUUACUUAAGUGAUUACAAUUCAAAUUAGUAUGUAGGUAAUAAGGAGAAAGAACAGUCAAUAUAGUGAGUUAAGUAAUAUCUUGUUAUAACUUUAGUUUCAAAUAAUUUUAACCUUAAUUAUGUUAAUUAAUUCAAUUGUGAUUAAACCAACUUAGUUUAUUAAGAAAAAAACUUGUGUUAUUUUCAAGCAUUUAUUGACAAAAGGUAUCGUUAACUCGUAAAACUUAAUUAAGUAUACUUAGCUCUAAGAGUCGUCACAAAUUUACUUAAUAAGUUACAAGGUUCCAAAAGGCUGUGUACUUUGUACAUAAUGUAAAUAUAUCCUUAGCUAAGACUUAAAACUGCCAUGCAUAAUUUAGACUUAAAAGUUUAGAUGUUUAAGUACAAUUUAAGUGCAAUAUUAUAAUCUUCUUAAUGUGUAUGUUUAUUUACAAUAUAAUACUGAUUUUACAAUGAGUUUAGUAAAGAAUUUAAUCAAAGAGCCACAUGAUAUUUUAUUUGAGACCCAUAUAAAAACAUUAGCCGUCAAUUUGUACGGUUACCUAAUUCCUAGUUUAUAAUGUGGGUAAUUAAAUAUAUAUAUCUGCUAUCCCUCGUUUUCACCAAGGUAUAAUACAUGUAUAUAAUAAAUAUUAUACAAUGUCUUAAUUUUUUGUUCACUCUUAUAUACAUGUGUAAAACAUGUAGUAUACAAUACUUGCAAACAAACUUGUUGGAUACCAACGAUAUUAAAUACCCUAGAUACACCACGAGCGCUCAAAAUGUGCCCCAAUCAAGAAGUGCUUGAACUCCACUCAAGCACUUCUUGGUUCACAGUCACGCGCGGACCGUUACAAAGUCAAGAUGCCACAGAGCUCCGUGAAAAAAUGCGAAAAUAAUACUUAGAGUACGAAAAGUGUCAUUUUUUGCGACAGGUAUCUAGUCAAUUUUUGUUAAUUUAACGCAUUUGAAGUAAAUUUUGAUCUAAUACUUACUAUAAACUGAUUUAAUAUAAAAUAUUUGUGAUAUUCAAAUGCAUGGUCGGUUAAACGUCGCCAUAUAGCCGUUUCUUUUCCUCGCGGUCCGUGCCUGCUAUAUUGCUAACAGCGCGUUCAGAAUUGCGCGUAGAGUCAAAGAACUAAGGUCUUAAUUCUUCCGUUAAUAGCAAUAAGUCGUAAAAUUUUACGAGCUUGCAUUUCGAACUGCCAGAAGUCCUUGACGCAUGCGUUUUAUUUAAGACCUUAUAAAGUUUGUAUUAAAGGUUACUUUCAAUAUUUAUAUAAUGCCUUAUGUUGAUUUUGACUACGCGAUCAUCUUACAGAGCUCCGUGGAUCAUUCAAUGUACCUUUUGGACAGGUUUCGGGCACGAUUUUGUUCGUGUUGGUGUAUCUAGUGUAUUUAAUAUCGUUUAAUAUCGUAAUACACAAAAUAUAUGAAAUAAAUACUUGUUAAAAUACUCGUUGUCUAUGCGGUGUAAACGAAGGAAUGUCUCAACAAGUAUUCUACAAGUUUUGUGUAAAACUAGUAUAGGACUUGUCUCUAGGUCUAAACGAGGGCUUACAAUAUCUAAUGUUGUACAUAACCAAUUGUGAAAUCUCCCCAUAUACGCGCGGUCGCAGCCUGAAAUUUUGGAGGGGGUCACUCACUACACUAAUAAAAAAUAGGUAUCUGGAAUAAAAUAAACAUUAUUGCACAAGACACAAUUUAGUUUAUACAUUACUUAUUAAAUAUUGUAAUACAAUCUUUAUCUUAACGACGGAUAUCGAUUUUGCUAGGAUUACAAAAACUACAUAGUUCGGUUUCUUGUUUCUAAACUAGUACUAGAUGUCAUUUCCAAGUUAUUUUGGCCAUCGUACGUAGUU